AUGAAACCAACAUCAUUUGCACUUGAUAUUGCAUGUUUAUUAGUUAAAAAAGAUGGAUUUAUUUUAGACAAAUGGUUGAUUGAACAAAGAAAAUUAAGAGGAAAUAUUUUUGGUAAAGAAAUUAUUCAAUUCAUUAAAGAUAAACAUUUAUUAGUUAAAACAGUAUCACCUUAUAAAAUAGACAAUGCUGUAAUCGAACAAUUAUUAGCAAUAGCUACAUCUUGUGGUUAUGAUAAAGAGUCUAUUGAAACAAAGAAACAAUGUUGUUAUAAAACAGACCAACAACAAAAUAUUUCAAAUAAAGCAAAUGAAAUGUUUGGAGACUAUUUUGCUGGAAAAUUUUCUGUAGAACAAUUUGUUGAAGAAAUUCAAAAAGCAAAAAUGAGUGUUGAACAAAUUGACAAUGACUUAUUUGUUUUAUUAAUUAAAACAUUAUUUGAUGAGUUUAAAAGAAUAAAAGAUUUUCCUAAAGUAGAAACUGCUAUUCAAUUUGGUAAAUUAUAUGGAGAAAUUAUUCUUAAAGGAAUAUUAAAAAAUUGUGCAUUAAUUCAUUUAUUAAGAGUUAUAUUAUGGGCUGUAAGAGAACCACUAAAAAGUAAUUUCUUUUAUUGUGGAAUUCAUGCAUUAAAACAAUUCAGUUCACGACUAAGUGAAUGGCCAACAUAUUGUGUUUUAUUAAAAGAUAAUAAAAAUAUUGAAACACAUGAUGCAGUGUUAUAUAAAACAAUAUAUGAUAGUGCAAAUAAUAAAUUUUCUAAUAUAAUAAAUUUACUCCAAAAAUUAUUUAUUAAUAUCAAACUUCCAAGUUUACUUGAUUCUAAGAAUGUUUCAAUUAUAAAAAAUAUUGUUUCUUCAAUUGAGAAUAUAGAAGGAUUAAAUGGAGAACAACUUAAACAAGAAAUAGAAAAAGUAUUUGACUUAUUAAAACCACAAGCAAAUCAUAAGAAAGUACUUACUGAGAUAUCUUUAUUUAUUAUUGCUUUAUUAAAUGAAAAUAAUCAACCAGAAUGUAUUCGAUUUGUACAAGAAAUGGAAUCUACAACAGAACAUUUAUUCUCUUUUACUAUUGAGUCAAUUAAUAUAUUUUUAAAAUUACGUGAAUAUGAUAAACACAGUGCUUCAUUAUUUGAAUCUCUUGGAUCAUUAUUAGGUUUAUUAACCAUUGGAAUGAAUAAGCCAUUGAGGUCAAUUCAUUUAAGACCUAAAAUAUUAUUAACUGAUCAAUUAACAAAAGAAAAUUAUGAUGUAAUGUUAGAAUUUAUUAUUCAUUUCUUAAUGGCAUCUUCAAAUUCUACAGUAUUUACUCCAAAUAAUCCAUGGAUACAACCAUUAUUGCAAUUUGUUUGUGAAACAAGUUUAUCACCAGAACUUUGUUUGCAUCAUGAAUCUUCUAAUAAAUUAUUAAAUAAACUUCAUAUUUCACCUGAACAAUAUUUAACUGUUCAUCCAAUAAGAAUUGCAGAAGAAGAGGCACUAAAUAAAUUAAUUAAAUUUGCUAAAGAUAGGAAUCAUGGAGAUGAGAGUAUUCUUAAUGAAUACAUUGAAAAAAGACAACCUAUUCCUGAAAAGAAAUUAAAACAACUUUUACUUUGUGAAAAAUCAUUAAGUUUUAUUAAUUUAUUAUCAGAACAUCCACUUCCAGUAAUUCCAGAUUAUCUUAUUUGUCCAUCAUUACCUACACUACAAUGGACAAUGAUUAUUACAUAUUCACUUGAUUUUUCAUUACAAGAUAUUUCAAAAACAACAAAUGUUAGUUUAAACACCAUAAUUACAACUGUCACUCAGUUGGUUCAAAAAGACUUUGCUAUGGAAACUAAUUUACAAAAAAUUACAGAAGCUUCUAAUAGAGUAUUUGAUAUUGCACAAAAACUUCUUCAAUAUACUUGUAGAAGUUGUUUAGAGUCAAAAUUAUGGAAAUAUUUAUGUCCAUUUGUGUCUUUUUCAAUGAAACAAAAAAAUAUCAUAAGACCAAUUGAACAAAUGAAAGAAAUUGUUAUGACUAAUCUUCAACCAAUCAUUGAAAUGACAGUUAGGAUUAAGUUAGAUGAAUUAAGAAAAAAUGCUAAACGACAAUUAGAACAAUUUAUUAUUUCUAUUACUUCUGAACGACAAGAAGGAAUGAAAAAUAAAGAGAGUUUUGUUGCAAAAGGAUUUGAAUAUCUUAAUGAUGCUCCCAAAUUACCAGAAGAACUUCAAAUUGCAAAUGGAGGAGUUACAAAUUAUCAAAUGGAAAUGUAUGGUAUUGGAGUAAAGAAAGAAAUUAAAAAUCAUUUAGAUGAUAAAUUAAUAGAAUUAUUAAAAGAAACAUUAGCAUUUGACGUUAUUGAAAAAUUUGUUCAAUUACUUUCACCAGAAAUGACUGAAAGAAGUAUUCAUAAAUUAAUUACAAAAUGUAUUGAAACACAAAAUAAAGAUUAUUGUUAUCGUUCAAGUCAAAUUAUUGGAUUUAUUAUUAAUUCACAUAAAUCAGAACAAAAUAUAUAUACAAAUAUAUUAACUCAAAUAUUUAAUGAAAUAAUAAAAUCAUUUGAAAAGAAUUAUAAAGAACAAGAAUUUCAUUCACAUAUUUAUUUGGUAUUAUUAGAAAUGAUAAUUGAGGUUUUAGUUGAAAAAACAAAAGAUAGUAUUGACAGUGUAUUAUUAAUUCAAAAAAUUUUAAAAGUACUUCAAACUCUUCACCCAAAUCAAUAUCCUAAAUUUACUUGUCAAUGGAUUGAAUUGUUUUCUCAUAGAAAUGUUUUAUAUGAAUUGUCUAAACCAUCUGAAAUGAAAAAUCAAUCAUUAAUUGUAUACUUUGAUUUAUUUAUGAAAUAUCUCCAAUUUAUUCAACCGUUAUUACUUAAUAAAAGUACUACUAAUAAACAACUUAUAUCAGCUACUUUUAUAUGUAUUUUAGUUAUCAGAGAAUGUUUUCCAACAUUUGUUCAUUUAUUUGCUCUUCCAUUUGUAUCAGUUAUUCCCUAUACUGUACUUUCUUUAAGACUUCCAAUUUUAACUGUUGUGUCUCAUGAUGAUAAUUAUGCUGAACAUUUUGAACCAAUCUUGAAAACUAUUCCAACAGAAUACCAAUCAAUUCUUGAUCAAAAGAAUCCAAAGUUAAUAUUAAAAUUAAUCCCUAAAUUACCAAGUGUUUCAAUAGUUGUCUUCUUAUUCACUUCAAAUUCAUUAAAUGUUCUUAAAGAAAUGAUAACAGAUUCUACUAAUAAUCAAAGAAUUGAAUUGGUUAAUGGUAUUGUGGAUUUAAUGAGACUACAAACUACUACUACAGAAAUGAUGAAACAAUUUCUUGCUCAUUUAAUUGAACUAAAUGACCAGAGUCUAAAUGAAAUAAUUUUACGCAUUCUUGUUGAACGCUCUUUCGGAGAAUAUCGUCAAGUUGGUGCCUUAAAUUCAUUAACAAAUUUAACCCAAAAGUAUCCUCAAUUAAUUGAACUCGCAAAGAGGAAGUCAUCGGUUGUGGCAGAGAAGUUAUUAGAAUUAUGUUAA